UUGACUCUGUUUUCUUUGUUUUCUUCUUCUUCUUCUUCUUCUUCUUCUUCUUCUUCUUCUUCUUCUUCUUCUUCUUCUUCUUCUUCAUUUCUUAUUGAACAAAAGAAAGAAGACGAUAAGUUUUUUGUUCACCGCCCUCCCCGAUUUCCUCUCUACUUCCUUAAGUCUAUCUAUCUAUCUCUUUCUCUCUCUCUCUCUCUCUCUCUCUCUCUCUCUCUAUCUAUCUAUCUCUCUCUAUCUAUCUAUCUAUCUAUCUAUCUAUCUAUCUAUCUCUCUCUCUCUCUCUAUCUAUCAGGAAUUCUCUCUCUUUCAUACAUCCCUUUCUUCUCUCUCUUAUUGCUUAUUCCUCCCUUUCACUUAUUUUCCCUCGCUUGUUAUCUCAUGAAACUCUCUCUCUCUCUCUCUCUCUAUCGCUCCUCAAACUCAAAUAUUCGAACUUUUCGAAAUUGUUUUUAUUUUUUAACCGAAUUCAUAUUGCGAGAAAAACUUUUUAUUCUUACUUUCUUUUUACCUUCCCUUUCUCUCUCUUUCUCUCUCUCCCCUCUCUCUUCUUUCUUUCUUCUCUCUCUCUCUCUCUCUCCCUCUCUCUCCCCCUCUCUUAUAUUGGUCUAUCCAUCUAUCUGUCUCUCUAAUCUUUCCUUUUCUCUCUCUUUACGCCUCAUUCUCCCCUUCACUACUUUCCCUCCCUUCUAUCUAUCUAUCUAUCUAUCUAUCUAUCUAUCUAUCUAUCUAUCUAUCUAUCUAUCUAUCUAUCUUUUAAAUAUUGAGAGGAAAACCAAAUUCUUUUUCUCUAUUAAUAAAAUUAAGAAUGUUAAAUGUGACUGUGAAAGCGGAAAAUUAGAAGCCCCCCCUCCUUUCUCUCUGUUUCUUUUACCCUUUCUUUCCUUCUUUGAAUUACUCUUCUCUCUCUCUCUUUCUUCAUUGAUAACCACUCUCUCCAUUCCCCACUCUCUCACUAUUUCAUUCGCCCCACCCCCAACUCUUCUCCCCCCCCUUCAUUUAUUUGAGAUUUUAGAAGAAAACAAAUUUUCUUUCCGGAAAUGCAUUUGUUUUUCUUAUUUGAUUUUUUUAUCUUCAGAAGAACUUUUCAAAAUGGCGUCGAAUGUAACUGAAGAAGAGACAUUCCAAUGCUCGAAAUGCGUCGAAUCUUUGGAUUUGACAUCAAAGACGUUGCCAUGUCUUCAUUCUUUCUGCAAAAGGUGUGUGGAGGAGAUUCUUGGAGGAAAUGGCCGGUGUCCCCAGUGCCAAGAACCUGCGACCGAUAAAGAGUUGAGACUGGCACCAUUUUUGGUAAAAUCUUUGAGGCGCCGUCAGCUGGAAUCCCGCCAAAUGAAUUGUGAUACGUGUUCGGAAGACGGCAAAGAAUCGUCCGGCCAAUUUUGGUGCCAGGACUGUCAGAAACUCUUGUGCCAGACUUGCGAGAGUGUCCACCCCAAACACGAGACCAAAGACUUGUCGGGCGUGUCGAGGGUGGAGGUCAUCCGGGUCAUCACGAUGGAGGACUGUCGACGGCACCGCAAAUCCAAGGACGUCUUUUGCGACCGGUGCAACGUGUGCAUGUGUGUCGCGUGUUACACUGAUCACGUGACCGCCUCCCCUCAGUGUCCGUCUCGUCCGCUCUCGGUGAGGGAGGAGGCGUCGAAGGGGAAAAAAAGGGGAGGCCCCACCCUGGAGCGGGAACACUCCCAGUUCGAAAUCAACAUCCGGGCGACCUACGCGCAGACGGAUCGAUCCAUUGACCAACUAUCAAAGGAUUGCGAAUCUGAAUGCUCCAAACUCUUGAAGGAUUUUGAGACAUUCGUUGAAGAGGCACGGCUCAAGUUGAUAGAGCUGUUCGAUAAUAUGAGAGUGAUGGCGUCCGAACUGCAGAGAAAAUGGCGCCACUCCCUGAAGGAGAGAAAAGAUCUUUUGGGGAAGGUCAAGAUCUGGCAGCAAACCUUGGAACAUUUGUUGAAGGACGACGCCGACGAUGAGGACGUCGUUUGUGGAUUGAGGUUGGUGGGAGCUGAGCUUUAUGAGCGGCUCCACCAAUCGUUUGCUCCACCCGAGAAAAUCCGUUGGGUCGUGACCUUUCCCAAAUGGUGUCACGAUUCCCUAGAGUCACUGAAGGAAGAAAUAAUCGACUGGACGACGGAGAGAGCCGGGUAUUUACAAUUGGAAAGUCAAUGCCUUCUGCAAGGAUCGAACCCGUCGCCGUUGAUUUCAUCGAUUGUCGCCAGCGAUGAAGACAAUCACGUCUUUGUUGGCGAUUGGAAAGGCAAAUCGAUUCUAGAAUUCAGAGACUCUGGGGAAUUGGUCGGCGAAUUUCCCUUAAAGGACGGAGAAGAGACAUUCUACCCCGGGACAUUCUGUCUAUCUAUCGAUCUAUCUAUUCAUAUCUAUCUUUUCAUAUCUAUCUAUCUAUCUAUCUAUCUAUCUAUCUAUCUAUCUAUCUCCCUUUUCAUUUUCCAAUCUAUCUAUCUCUAUCCUUUUCAUGUAUCUAUCGUUAUAUCUGACUCUCUCUCAGUCUGUCUAUCGAUCUAUCUAGGUCUUUUUCAUAUCUAUCUAUCUAUCUAUCUAUCUAUCUAUCUAUCUAUCUAUAUAUAUAUAUAUAUAUAUCCAAUCUAUGUGUCAAUCCUUUUUCAUUCUGUCUAUAUCUAUCUAUGUAUCUUUUUUCAUAUCUAUCUAUCUAUCUAUCUAUCUCUAUCUAUCUAUCUAUCUAUCUAUCUAUUUUCAUUUUCCAAUCUAGCUAUCUCAAUCCUUAUUCAUGUAUCUAUCGUUAUAUGGACUCUCUCAGUCUGUCUAUCGAUCUAUCUAUUUGUGCAUAUUUUUUCUAUCUAUCUAUAUGUAUCUAUCUAUCUAUAUAUCUAUCUAUCUAUCUAUUAUCUCCUUUUCAUUUUCCAAUCUAUCUAUCUCUAUAUUUAUUUAUUCUGUCUAUUUUUCUAUUUAUUUAAAUGGGUUUAUAUAAUUGUAUCUAAAUAUCUAUCUAUCUAUCUAUCUAUCUAUCUAUCUAUCUCCUUUUCAUUUUCCAAUCUAUCUAUCUAUAUUUUCAUGUAUCUAUCGUUAUAUCUGAAGGACUCAGUCUGUCUAUCGAUCUAUCUAUUAUAUAUCUUUUUCAUCUAUUAUCUAUCUAUCUAUUUAUCUAUCUAUAUCUAUAUUUUCAUUUUCCAAUCUAUCUAUCUCUAUCCUUAUUCAUACAUUGAUAUCUAUCUAUCUUUUUAUCUAUCUAUUUAUAUAUUCCUUUUGGUCUAUCUAUUUUAUCUAUCUAUCUAUCUAUCUAAUUAUCUAUCUAUCUCAGAAAUCUGUUCUUUUUAUUAUCUAUCUAUCUAUCUACAUAUCUAUCUCCCUUUAAUUUUUUUGCAAUCAAUCUAUAUAGUUUUUUUCAUCUAUCUAUCUAUCUAUCUAUCUAUCUAUAUCUAUCUAUUAUCUAUCUAUCUAGAAAAAAAAACUGGUGAAAUACUUGUAAAUACUUCCGAAAACUCUCUCUUUCUCUCUCUCUUUCUCUCUCUCUCUUUCUUUCUCUCUCUCUCUUUCUUUCUCUCUCUCUUUCUUUCUCUCUCUUUCUCUUUCUUUUUCUCUCUCUCCUCUCUCUUAGUUAAAUGUGAUUGUGAAGGCGGAAAAUUGAACACCCCCCCUCUUUCUCUCUGUUUUCUUUAUCCUUUUUUUCCUUCCCAUUCUCGCACUGCUCAUCUCUCCGUUCCCUACACUCUCGAUAUUUCAUUGACUCCCCACUUCUCCUCCCCUUCUUUUAUUUGUGAUUUUAGAAGAAAACAAUCUUCUUUCCGGAAAUCGAUUUGUUUUUCUUGCAAAAUCUCGAAAUUUCGGGUCAUUUUUCUUUCUGUUUUAUAA